AUGGCCUCACCUCCAACAACAAGUUCAAGUCUAAAUAAGAGGUCUUCAACUACCCUACCAUCUUCAUCAUCAUCAAACCUAGACAACAACAAUAACAACAAUAACAACAAUAAUAACAAUAACAACAAUAGUUACUUAUAUGUUGAAGAGUUACCAGAGAGUUGGGAUGGAAAUAUACCUAGGACAUCGGUGGCACCUUCAUCAUCACCAAGCUCAAAACUCACAAAGAUAAAGUCUGCUCUGCCCUCAUUCCCAGGGCUUAGUUCAUCGACGACAACAUGGUCCCCAAGCGAAGCCACUCCCAAGCGAAAGUAUCUCAAACGAACACUCAGUGACACUAGUGGAGUGGCAAUCGGCGCACCAUCAAAGUCAAAGCAACAACAGACACAACAACAACAACAAGUUAACAUUCAUAUUGAUCACGUGACUCCACCAUUCGCAUCGCCCGUGCCACCUCCACUGCCGCCUGCCGCUUUCAAUCCGUCCGUCAACAAGCCCAAACUCAAGAUCGUUCAGUUUCGUGACGAGAUCUCGGUGAUACCGAAUCAGCGGCUGUCCCGACCGCUUAUCCCUCAGUUUGCAGACGAGGACUUCAUUCAUACAAAGGCCAACGAGCAGGCGAAUCAAGCCUCCGACUACGUCAUUGAGGCGUCGUCACAGGGCGAGGCAAUCAAACAGAAUGAGAUCACACAUGAAGAGCACGCACGUCGAUACUACAUUGCCAACAUCCUCAUCCUGGACGCCAUCAACUAUCGUGAUCCAAACCAUCUGUUGACGCGCCCGCAGCUCACACUCUACAAGCUCUACUUCCACACCUUGGUGCGCAUACUAUUCUUGCUGCCCUGUCUCGGACUGCUGGCGCUCACAUACUUUGAGAAGCCAACACUGCACAAUUACUACCCACGCGUUGUGCUUGGCGUCGAGCUCAUCUUCCUGGCCAUACUGGGCGGGGAGCUGGCACUGCGCUUCUAUGUCUAUGGUGCACAAGCGCGUCGAAACCACUGGAACUGGGUCAAGGGUGCGCUGUUGGUGGCCAACGUCAUUGACAUACUCGUGGCCGAGAUCCUAGAGUCAUAUGGCACGGACAGCAUACGCAUCUCUCGACUCUUUCGCGUCUUUUACAUCUUUGACUAUGAUCGAUUCACGCGCGACCUGGCCCUUCAGCUCAUAUACACAUUCUAUCGCAUGGCACCAAUCAGCCUUGUCUUCUUCACCUACAUCUUCCUCUCAUCAGUCCUAUUCUCAAUCCUAUUCUCCAAUGGCGCCACAGAUCAAUCCGACUAUUAUGACACCAUCCUUCAAUCAUUCUUGAACAACAUGGUCAUGGUGACGACGGCCAACUUCCCCGAUGUAAUGUUCCCCGCAUACUUCAAGAACAAGUGGUACAGCGUUUUCUUCAUUGUGUAUCUCUCACUGGGACUAUUCCUUGGCAUUAACUUUAUGAUCGCCUUUGUGUACAGAUCAUUCCGCAAGGCGGUGCUGAUGGAGACAAAGAACAACUUCCGACGACGUCGCACUGCCCUGCUCGCGGCAUUCAUCAUCCUUGACUACGAUAAGACUGGCGUCAUUGGACUGGAUCAAUGGGAGCACAUUUACAAACUACUCGAGCCACAGGCGACGGCGGACGAGGCCUCAGCCACCUUUGACCUGAUCGACACCGACGCCAACGGCUACCUCAACAUCCGCGAGUUCUUUGCCAUGUGCGAUGUGUUCUUCCUCGAGCGCAGUCGUGUCAAAUCAUUGGCAAAGAAGAAAUUGAUGGAGAAGAAGCAGAAGAUAUUCAAUGAGCUCAGGACCGAUGACGGGGUGGGCGGUGGACACAACAUCCGUGAGCUCCUCUCCAACCGUUCGUUGUUCAACAACUCUGCCUGCGUGCAUCACUUGGACUUUGAGUAUCCCGAGAUACCACCUUACUUCUAUGAACAUGGCAAGGCCAAGAGCCAAUCACCUUCCAAACGACAACAACAACACAAACAACGACGACCACAGCAACAGCAACAGCAACAACAACAGCAGCAUCAGCCUGAUCAGGAUGUUGCGGACAAGGAAGAGCCUGUUACGCCAACUGCUACUCCAAACGACACACCUCCAAGCUCCAUUGGUCGACACUCUGGCGACAAAUAUGCCAAAUCACAGGCCCAUCUUUCACUUCCCAGCAUACCAGAUGGUGAUGGCGACGACAUUGGACAUGGACAACAUGGAGGCGAUGGAGGGGUCGAGCUGGACAUUGUUGGGGACCAACAACAAACACCCAGUCCAGUGACAAUAGAUGCGAACAUGGAGCAACAGACUGUGGAGCACGAGCACGACACAACAUCCAUGUUCAAACGUGUACAAAACAGAUUGAUCAGUGCCAAGAACUAUGUACAAAGUGGCAGGAUCAAACCAUUCACCAAGCAUUGGCUAUUCGAACUAUGUGUUUGUCUGCUGCUCUAUGUCAAUGCGGCAGUCAUCACCUAUGUAAUGGUAGGGGCGAGGGACCUCUACCAUCCACAAUGGACAGAGAUACUCGAUAGCAUCCUACUCGUCUUCUCAAUCAUUGAGAUAUUCCUCAAGAUAUCUGCUCAUCAUUCAAUCAAUAACUUUUGGAUCAUAUUCAACCUUUCAAUCAUUACUAUAUCAUUGAUUGGCAAGAUUGUGAUUGAAGGAGCACUCAAAGACCAUGGCGACCCAAUAACAAUGCUUCGUCUGGCAUGUAUAUUCCGCUUCAUCAGAAUGUUUAGACUUCUAUCCGCCGUCAAGAGCAUGCGAAGCUUCUUGAGAUCACUGGCAAAUAUUGUAUUCAUAUUUACCAACUUCAUUGUGAUCAUCUUUAUGAUGUAUUACUUGUAUUCCGUAAUUGGAAUAUGGGCAUACAGUGGAGUAUUCUAUCGUGGCAAUCCAGUACUCAAUGGUACAUUAUACGAUCAAUCAAACUAUUAUGACUUUGCCAACUUUGAUGAUAUGGGCUCAGCGAUGAUCACAAUGUUCUACCUGAUGGUUGUCAACAACUGGCUCAUACUAUUCUAUGCGGCGGUGACGGCGACCAGCCCCUGGUCCAUCCUCUACUUCUGCUCGUUCUACUUCCUCACAGUGAUCUGCGUGCUAAACCUGGUCGUGGCCUUUAUCAUCGAGGCCGUCAACUUCUCCACCAACUUCCACCAAGAGAAGCGGCUCAAACAACGUCUGAAACGCCUGGACAACAGCGACCAUCGAACGGCCAAGACCAGCAAGCGGCUACUGCGGCGACUCAAGCGAGCCGCACGACUGGGCAAGUCGACCAACGAUAGGCUGGAGAGGUCAGACUCGGAGUACAGCCAUACGAGCGAUGUCGAGCGCCCUCAGGACUACUUGAUCCAGCAGCUAGAGAGCCUCAAGCGAUAUGAGGAUGAUCAGACGCGACCCAAUGUGUCUGGCGAGGUCGAGGAGAGCGUUAGCUCGUCGGCCAAGCUCAGCAGGAGAGGAUCAUCGAUUGGCUCCACCACCAGUUGUCUGUCAGAGUCACGUGACGACGAUUUAAUGGAGGGCAUUAGAUUGGAAGGUCCACACUUUUUCGAAGAGAAGAUGUUUGAGAAGGAGUUGACCACGAUGCGAGAGGAAGGUAUCGAUUUGAAUGAGUUCAUGGAGGACAUGAUCAUAGCGACUACAACAGGAAUGGUGCACUCCAGUGGUGUUGGUGUUCCAGUAUCAUCGCCAACAUUACCCACUGGUACAAUCACCUCAACAACAUCAUCAACUCCAACAAUUCCAACAACUACAACAUCAACAACAACAAUGACAGCUGUUCCAAACAUAUCGUCCAACAGCACUCCCCCCAACACAGACACGAGCGACAACAACAAGAAGAGAAAGGGCAACAACAGCAACAGCAACAAGAAUCCAACAUGA